UGCGGAAGCCUUUUUAAAGUCAAACAACUUGGGAUCUUGCCCGAAAACGUAAUAAGCAUUAAAGUUAAUUAAAUAAAGCAUAUCAACAGAUUAAAGAGACAGCCACGCCAUCGUACAUCUCCUCCUCAAUGCCCUCUGGGAUCGGCUCUAGGUUCAUCUGUCUGUUCACCUACGGACAGCAAAAAGGAAAACAACGCUAUCCGCUCAGCAUUUACGCUGAGUGGUACUCCAUUGUAGCACAAGAAUAAACAUAAUAAUUCAACAAUUAAGAUCGUGCAUAUGUUUAUCCUUUUAAUAAGAAUCAAUUCAACUUUACAUUCGAUUCUUUAGACGGUUGACCAACAGUCAACUUAUUUUCUUUCUUUUCAAAACGAUUUAGGUGUUACGGGUUUCCCAUUAACUCUUUGACCACCGGUCAAACCAAUUUAGACUUUCACCAAAGUCAAACCACUUAACAUUUAUUGCCUAUGACGGAGAUAGCCUCAAUUCGUAAUAUCGAAGAUGGCCUCAAUUCGGUGGAGGUAGGAUCCCUCGGGCGAUGGCCUCAAACCCAAGAUCGCAGACCCUCGUGCGCACGUCUUAACCUCACUGACCAGGCCCUGCAGCCGCCCGAGCGAUGGCCAGUUUCUAUGUUCAACACAAUAAACCAAUUGACCUUAAUCACCGAUUAGAAUUAAUUAAUUAACUUAACUAAU